AUGAAAAAUAAUAGUAAAGCUAGAGGUAGAAUACCCGGAGUUACUUUGGCCUUUGGCAAAUUUUCUUUACAUAAGCCAAAUAAAAAGACUUCUACUCCACCUUCGCCUAAACUCAUUCCUACUUCUCCGUCGUCACCUCCAGCCACCCUGCCCAAUACUCCGCCACUCACGUCACUCUUACCCUCUUUUGAGAUCACGAUCGAGACUUCACCUUUCUCGACAGACUCUGAUUCUCAACUAUCCUCUGAUGGCUUAUUCCCUCAUGUGUCCCGCAAAUCAAAACGACUAUCAGCAAUUUCUGCCACAAAUGUAACUAAAGCGUAUACCAUCAAUACUGGCCGUAAGAAUAGUCUUCCUCCAGUUAUGGACAUUUUUAUGAAUAACAAGCCUGGGCUAUCGUAUGUUACUUUUGCCGAAUUCAGGAAGAACGAUGAAUACCCUCGAUAUCAGAUAACUAUAUUAACUACCUUACAGAAACAGGAGAACAAAUUGAGACAAAUUGGUAUCGUAAAAGAUCUCGGAAAAUCAAAUCUAAAAGGGAAGAAAGAACGUAAAUUAACAAAAGAGAUGGAUCAUAUGGUAUCCAAAAACUUGGCUAUAGUACGAAGGAGUCCACCCAGUACAUCGGCCUUUAAAUUUUUAGCCAUGAAGAAAGCAAAGCCGAGAACUGCAUCAGUCCUUUUGAAGAAUCUGGAACUUGCUAUCCGAGAUCACAAGGUAUCAGAAGCGAUUCGCAUUCUGUCUUACAUAUCCGGAAGUACCAUGAAAAAGAAACGGCCAUCCGAGGCAAAUAACGUCUUUUUAAUGGCGAUGGCACAUCGUCUCGAGGAUGUUGCAAUGACCAUGUAUGAACGAGGCAUUCCAACUAAUAUAAAUAGAGAGAUAUUUGUGAAACCGGCAACUGCAAAUAAUGUGUUUGAAUUCAAAUUUCCGAGUUACUUUAUUCUGGCGGUUGCCCUUGGCCUGCAUAACCUGGCAAAGACCAUGAUCCGAAAAGCCAAUAUGAAUCAGACAUGGUAUGGGCUAUCACCACUAAUUAUAGCAUUGGCUCAAACGUCUGUGGAAGAGACAACAGACAGGCACACGUCCGCUGGCUCAAAAGUGUCAUCUAGCCAGUUUCUGCUUGUGAAGACGCUGCUCGAUAACGGAGCAGAUCCAACUCAAGGACUUCCAUUAGAGCAAUUUCUGACACUUAGAUUAUUGAACUCACGUAAGAGAAGGAAAUCACGGAGUCUGUGUACGGAAGACGUUAUAGAUGGCAUUAAGAGCAAAUUGUUUGCUAAACGAACGGCAGUAAAUGGUGAGACAGAUCAUGUGAGAUGGGUCUAUCCCAUUGAUGUCGCUGCAGCAACUGGUAAUAUUCAUAUAUGCCGACUGUUAUUGUCCAGAAUGGAUGCGGCUGCAAUUGCCAGCAGCACAAUGUGUUUGUUUGUUCAGAAUGAUGUUAUGCUGACACUGGAAUUAGUUCGAGAUGGGGCUAAUGUAAACCAAAAAGACUUACGAGGUAACAGUCCUCUACAUUAUGCGGCAUGCAAAGGAUACUUGGAAAUGGUUAUAGUCUUACUUCAAUUUGGAUCCGAUGUCAAUGCAAAGAACAUAAAUGGCCGGACGCCACUACAUGAAGCCAUUCGCAAUCAUCAUCAAAGGAUUUGUAACACGCUAAUCGAUGCAGGUGCAAAUACUGAGAUUUAUGACAAUUUAGGACAGACAGUGAGGGACCUUGGAUCUGCUGCUGGAUUAACUAAUAAAGAAAUUGCUGCAUUCCUUGAAGGGAAUAAAAAAGAAAAUCAACAAAUAAAGUCGUUACAGCAGAAUAGCUUUAAAAAAAAGUUGUCCAUUCGUCACAAAAGCAAGAAGAGACCUUCAUUGAUUCCAACAAUGAUGAACGGCGGUGCUGACCGCAUCAAGACAAAAACUGGAAAGUGUUAG